GAGCGUCGCAUUUGCUUCUUCCCCUGAAUCCCGAAAAGUUGUGAUGCCGUGCGUACACGAUCAAGCCAGCUCCUCAGACCUAAAGUGUUGCCACCUGAUCCGUUCCUCGGGCUCGUCGUCGUCCGAUUUUAGUACCAAAUCCCCCCCCCUUUAAUCGCCAAAGAUGAAGGUUUCCGUGACCUUGGCCACCCUUGCCGCCGUCGUGUCGACGGUGGUGGCGGCUCCCACUGCCAUCCUUGAAGCCCGUCAAUAUGGGGGCGAUACCUACAACCAGCUGACGGACGGCACGCCCUGCCGGGACAUAACCGUUAUCUACGCCCGUGGAACUACGCAGGAUGGAAAUGUCGGCGACCCUGCCGCGGUCGGGCCGCUCAUCUUCAACGCCCUCGCCGGCAUCGUUGGUACCGACAGGCUGGCGGUCCAGGGUGUUACGUACGCGGCCAACAUUUUGGGCUUCCUCCUGGGCGGAGACCCCAACGGGGGCAAGGUCAUGGCGGCCAACGCAGCAACGGCAGCAUCAAAGUGCCCGAACACCAAAAUCGUCCUCUCAGGCUACAGCCAGGGCGCUCAGGUCGUCCACCGGGCCGCAGGGCUCCUGUCCGCGGAUGUCGCUAGCAAGGUUUCUGCUGUCCUCACCCUGGGCGACCCGUUCCAAAAACGCACCUUGGCCAACAUUCCAGCCUCCAAGUGGAAGGUCAUCUGCCACGACGGCGACAGCAUUUGCACGGGUGGCAUUAUUCCCAACGACCCACACAAGAACUACCAGAUUGACGCCCAGACUGCUGCGGCCUGGAUCGCAUCGAUGGUCGCAUAGGUUACCAGGUCGCGUUGGGUUUUUGAUGGGUGAGGUGGUUUUACGAGAUUUCCUUGUCUGGCACAGUUUUGGGAAGGAUUAAUUACGACAAUAAUGGCCUUGAUGAUGGAUAUAAUGCUAGAAGUAGUAAUUUGUUGGUAAUCAUGCCACUAAUUAUAUUGGAAUACCC